AUGCAAGUUUUUCUUUUAGGUAUGCCAGGUCCAUAUGUUUUAUAUAUAGUCCGCGCUACUAGUACUAGUAUUGACCUCGACGCGAGAUGUUACACCAGGGUUUUUGUUGCCUCCUUCUUUUCAACUGUGGUCUACUUUCACGUUCUGGUUUUUGGAGAUACAUCUGUGGGAGGUGAUAAUCGACAUUGUGACGUGAUUUAUGCUUGGACGCAAGAUACGUCUCUAUUAUUCGAUAUCCACGUUCACGGACUUGCAGGAUACCUUGCAGCUGUAAGCGUAGCUGUAAAGCAGAUAAUGCCUGACCACUUAUUGAUAAAAACACCUCUGGGAAAAUUAACAAAUCGGUCCUUACCACUUCUGAUUCUGGUGGCUGCUAUAAUUUUAUGGGCUGUUGGAGCAUUAGAAGGCACAUAUCCCUGCAUGUGGGGAAGUGGUACUAUUCUAUCAUGGAUAUACCUUAGAUUUUGGCAGCGACAUAGCAGUGGCACAAGAGGAGAUAUGGCUGACAACUUUAGUUUUGACAACUUCUUCCCGACGGUGGUGCAGCCGUUGGUACGCGGUGCAUUAACGCCGGUGUCGCGCUGCCUGGCGCGGCUGGGCGUAUGUGCGCCGGCACCGCGCCGCGUCACGCUCGCGCUCAGCCCGCGCGGCGUCACCAUCUCGCUGCCCGGCGUCGAGCCGCACGACAUGGAGAGGAGGCGGCAAAUCGCGCUCAAGGCUUUGAGCGAAAGAUUAUCAAAGACGUCCGAACAAACGCGACAGAAGAAUCUAACGACCAAAGUGAAUAUGGACGCUGUGAGGAAAAUGCAAGCCUCUCACGUCAUCCCUCAAUUCUCCACGGUGGAGACAGCUGAGGCUUCCAGCUCAAAUCCUCAGUCAGUGCCGGAGACCACACUUGUGGACAUAAGCACAGAGCCUUCAGCCCCUACAACGAAGACCUCAUGA